AUGUCGUUCCGUCUUUUGCCCCGUGUGCUCAAGCAGCUGGACGGCAUUUCGGGCAAAUACGCAUCUGCUGCGUACGUUGCUGCGCUGACCAAGGGUGAGAAGACGCUCAACAAGGUCGAGACCGACCUGAAGAUCUUCCACGAUGUGCUCAAGGGCGAUUCAGCCGACGCUACCAAACUCCGCACCUUUUUCAAUAACCCCACUAUUGCUCCUGAAGAGCGCGAAAAGAUUCUUUCUGCUCUCAGUGGCUCUAAGGGCGGCGCUGACACCAUCACCCGUAACUUGUUUGAGGUGCUUUCGGACAAUGGCCGUCUUUCCAUGUCCGAGGCGGUCAUUGACGACUUUAUGUCUUUAAUUAGUGCCCACAGCGGCGAAGUCAAGGUCCUUGUUACGAGCGCCAAGGUAUGUGGUGCGAUGGCUAGCUUACAACAGCCUUUGGACAAGUCCUUUACCUCGAAGCUCGAGUCGGUGCUCAAGGGCUCGCAGUACGCCAAGGAGGGCAAGUCGGUCAAGUUUGAGUACGGGAUUAACCCCGGUUAUCUUGGCGGCUUCUCUGUCACGCUUGGCGACCGCUCCGUGGACCUGAGCGUCGCGAACCGCGUCUUUAAGUACAACAGGCUGAUCCGUGAUUUUCGCGCGCGCAGGCAGCGAUUUGCUCCGUCCACCAUGCAUGAAAAUGCGUGGCACGCAUACAAAACACAGAAAGAGGCAUGGGUCACGGGCCAGGCUGGCAGCUCUGUAUUUACCAUCAACCUCCUUUCGAGUGUCGCGCUCCUGUCAUAUAUUCUAUGGGCGGCAUUACACCGUCACGUAGCGCGGUGUUCACUCACGCUGGAUUUUCUGACGCUGGUGCUUCCCAUCGCGCUUGGAUGCACAGCCGCGGCAUCGCAUCUGGGCGUACUCAUCGCCGUCCUUGGCAUUUGCAUUGCGAUUGCGUGUGCGACGAUGCCUGCGCCCAAGAUUGGCGAUGCUUCUGCGCCGGACUGCAAUAGCAAGUCGUACCUUACCGUUUAUCGCGUCUAUCUCAUGCUCCUGACCGUGCUCUGUAUCCUCGCGGUUGAUUUUCCCAUAUUCCCACGCGCAUUCGCCAAGACAGAGUCUUGGGGCACGAGUCUGAUGGAUUUGGGCGUAGGCUCGUUUGUGUUUUCACUUGGGAUCGUGUCUUUGCACCGGGGGCAUAGCAGCACAUUUGCCAAGCGUCUCCAACGCGCCGUGCCGCUCUUUUUGCUUGGCUUUGCGCGUGUUUUGCUCGUGAAACGCACCGACUAUCCCGAGCAUGUGACAGAGUACGGUGUGCACUGGAACUUUUUCAUCACGAUGGGAUGCUUGAUGCUUACGCUAGAAAUCUUCCAGCGUGGCACACCGCUUGCUCCUGUGGUUGCAGGUCUCCUCGUCUCCGGUAUGCACGAGGCUGCUCUUAAUCAGACGCAGCUUGGUAAGUGGGCGCUGCAGACAGAGCGCGACCCAGCAAGUUGGGCUUCGUUGAACAAGGAAGGACUCGCGAGUUUGCCUGGGUAUAUCGCAAUUGCACUCCUGGGCCUCGACGUCGGCAAUAUUGUCUUUUGCAGAGAUACGCGACAGACACUGCGCGCACUGACUCUUCGUGCCAUCCUAUAUUGGGGCGUGUACAUGGCCAGCGUUUGCCUCGGCAUGACGCCCAGUCGUCGUUUGGCAAAUUUUGCAUACGUCGUAUGGAAUGCUGCGUACAAUUCUCUAUUCCUACUUGGGUUUGCCGCACUAAGCACACUUUUUGAGCGGUGGAAGUGGACGCGCGCUGGGCAAGUGCCAGUCCUGUUUGCGUAUACCAACCGGCAUGCCAUGGGCGUGUUUCUUCUUGCAAACGUCGUGACUGGCGCUGUGAACCUUGUUGUGCAUACUAUGUACACGCCAGCUAUUCCAGCUGCGCUGAUCCUCGCCACCUACCUGCUCCUUGUGGUGGGCUUUUUUCCCUGGGUACACCUGCACGGAGCGUUGCUUUCUGCUCCAGUGAUGUGGUCCCACGCUGUGCGGCUCGCCGGCGCAGUGCGGGCGCCUGUGUCCGGUGCGGCGCACAUACAAGCGGUGCGCAUGUAUGCGACGAGCACGCGCACGACCCUGGACGACUACAUUGCACAGGGUCUGACCCUUGAGGUGAAGAAGCACGCGAAGCUCGUAGAGUACCGCGAAAAGCUCGAGGCAAAAGCAAAAGAGCAAGGCCUUGAAAGCGCCGAGGAACUUGCUGCGAAAGCUACGAAAGAGCGCGAAGCUGCCGCUAAAGAGGCGGUGGAACGCAGGCUUCGUGUACAAACGCAAGCGACAACUACGCGCUCCACAAAGCCAGCGUCGGUCGAGGAGCGCGACCAAGCGAUGCAGGACCGCCUUCGUUCGAUGCGUGCAAACAAAGAGGCGCGUAAAUUGAAGGAUGGCAAUGCGAUCAGCAGUCUCCUCAAGCCGCUGGCGAGUUUCAUGAACGUGGACAAGAUGGCGAACGAGGAGCCCGACGCGGUUGGCAAGCUCUGGACAGCGUACCACACGAUGAACGACAAACUAUCCGCAGUAAUUUCGGCAUCUACGUACACGGCGAUGCUUGAGAAUGGCGCGCGUUUCCCAUCCUUCGUGCUCCCUUUGCCGAAACGGCACGUCAGCACCGAGGACGGCCCCGCGGAGAAUGCGUUUGAAAUGGAGUUUAUGCAGUGGAUUAUUUUGCCAAGGAGCGAGCAUGCGUCAGCAAGUGCGCCGCCGCCUUCCAUUGUGCUCUUCACGCCGCUGGCAGAGUUUAAGUUGCGGCAAGAGUACGCACAGCCGUCGCUCAUCUUGUCCAUGUACCCCGAUUUUGUCGACGAAAAAGAUAUUGUGCUUUUGCGCGGCGAAGUGUCUCAGCACCAGAUGCCUGGCGGCGGCGAAGGCCAGCCCAUGAUGACGCAGGACGAGGCACAGCUUUUGGUCAUGUGCAUGCAACGCUUCUACCACCUUAGUGAUGUGCCUGGCAUCGAUACAGCGGCAGAAACGCGCUGCAAGCUCUUGAAAGUGUUCCAUACUCGGCCCGAAGAAUUCGAUGUAGACUUGCUGUUGGACAGCGCUUUUUCCAUAUAA